AUAUCCACUGAAUACUCAGCCGCAAGACACGACUACUGCCUGGAUACACAAUAACACAAACAAGGAGGAGAUGGCUACCUUUAACAUCAUCUUACAGGAUGACCCCAUGCCAGUCCUGCCCAGGGGGUCUUUGGGUGGCAGUGGGAAGGGAGCAUGCAGAAGCUUAUUUGGACCCAUAGAUCACGAUGAGCUGAAGUCUGAGCUUAAGAGGCAGCUAAAGGAGAUCCAAGCAUCUGACUGUCAACGUUGGAAUUUCGACUUUGAAGCUGGUACCCCACUGAAGGGCGUCUUCAGCUGGGAGCCCCUGGACAGCAAGGACAUGCCUAAUUUCUACAGGGAGAGCAGGUUGUACCCUUCCAGCUCGGCGCAGGUGCCCAGGCAAACCCAACAGCCUCUGUGGGACAACAGGAUCCCCGUGCCAACGGAGACCAAGGAGGAGAACCUGGCGGAGGCUGUUGGAACCCUGGAGAACACAAAAUUCGCAAAGGAGAACGCAGAGAAAAGUAGCAGGAGGUGCCAAGCAGUCAAAGUGCCAUCCAAAACAUCCACGCAGCUGAGGAAACGGGAGAUUAGCACUGCCAUAACCGAUUAUUUCCCAAAAAGAAAAAGAACAUUGGUUCAAAGAUUUGACAGUCUGAAGGGCAACCACCCGUUUUGCACUCUGGAACAGACCCCCAGGAAAAAAAUCAGAUGAAUUUUGUUUGUUCUGUAUUUUGUGAAAAAUCACUGAAAAGAAGAAGAAGAAAAACAACUACAAGACGCGCAUACCUCCUUCCCGAAACCCAGGAGAGAAAAAUACAAUUUUAUUUUUUUUUAUUUUUAUUUUCGGGAGUCGGUCUGCUGCGGUCCGUAAAGAAGAAGAGGUUGCGGUCGGAGGCUCCUUCUCGGGGUCUGGAGGUUCCUACACAGUUCAUAAGGACUGUUCAAAUGUUACGCGUGGUCUGUGACGCCUCGUUGUCACACGAUGUGUGACCUACACAUUUGAAUGCCUACUGUAGCAUUUUUUAUUUUUAUUUUUUUUAUUUCAUUUUUUUUCAGAACAAAGAUUUUUUUUUUUUUUUUUUGGAGGGGGAGCUAGAGGAAGCUGAGUUGGCAGGGUCGAUCUACCCUUCUGUAUUUAUGCUGUGAACGUUGACUUAAAUAUCUUUAAAGUUUGCGACUUAACAACCAAUAGACAUGUCCAGAGGAUGUAGGGAGCAUUUCAUAACGUGUUAUCAUGUUUAUUGUUUUUUUUUUUGCACUGUUUUUUGUAUUCUUGACUGUUAAAAUGCCACCAUUAUGUACAGCAAACUUGUAACAUAAAGUAUAAAAAAAAAAAACCUAAAAAAACCCCCCUAAGUUAUAUAUUUAUAUAACAUGUUGGAUUACUCCAAUGUUAAGCCAUAAUACUGGCUACAAAAACCGUUUAUAGAUGUUAUACGUAUGUCUCCUUUUGGAGAGAUAAAAAAGUAUGUGUUUCGUAACUAUGCGUACAGUGUUCUAUAUAUAUAUUUUUUGUUUGUUUGUUUUUUUUCCCCAAAAAAAAUGUACAGAUUAUUGCUCUAUCUGCGAAAGAAAGUAAAAUAUAUGACUUUUAUACUUAA